CCGCCAGGUGUCACUAACGUGCUGAGAGACGUUAUUUCACACCACCGAAGAAGUCCCGUGUGUGUCCUUCAUAACAGCAAACAUGGCGACUGCUACCAAAAUUGUCCAGAGGCUCCGAAAUCUUUUAUCGGGGCACGACCUGCAAGCCAAACUGCAGCUGAGAUAUCAGGAGGUUUCAAAGAGGACACAGCCACCACCCAAACUGCCAGUAGGCCCGAGCCACAAGGAUGCCAGCAACUACUACUACACCAGAGAUGGACGCAGAGAGUCAGUACCCGCCACAGUCAUCAUGUCUUCUCAGAAGGCUCUCACCGCUGGCAGUCAAGUUGCUGAAGUCCCAAAGCUUUCAGUGACCCCGGGUGCUGUAUAUAAGGAGCCACCACUGUCCACGGACCAGCCGUACCUCUGAGCAACUGGAUUUACCCCUUCAGUAUCAUCAACCUAAUUUCUCCAUCCAAACCUGCUGUAGAGGCCUGACCACUGCAGGUGUUGGUUGUAUCCUGUACAAUUGAUAAAUGUGAAUAAAAUGUGCUAUAUUUAA